ACAAUGAAGAUUCCCAAUGUGAUCAGAACAUCGAACAGAGCUCGGGAGUGUCUGGAGGAGAUCAGGGUCUUAGCUUCCGGCGAUCCUCAGCGUGUUGAGACCGCACUCCUUCCCAAGACACGACAAUUUCUUUCAUAUUUGCAAUCGGAGCAAUCGAGCCUCCGAGAUGCAGCAACUCAGCCUGAAGCUGACCCGAAAAUCCCAGCAAUGGCCACUAUCAUUCCCCCCGCGGCUGACCUGCCAAAUACAAUUCACGGACGGGGAAAUCAAGUGGAUGCUAUUUUAGCUUACGAGAUGUCCGUUGAAGUUCCGCCAACAAACAAUCUCGGAGGCUUGCCAGUUAUUAAUGAGGCGCCUCCUGCGGCCCCACCCUCUAUGCUGGGAUCAUCUGGAUCUGUCAGAACUGUUGGAGAAGCACCCCUGCUGCAUGUCGGCACCCCAUAUCCCGCCCAUAUUCCCACUUCUGGGACAAGCUUCUCCAUUGGCAGGACCAUUUUCCCUAACUUAGCGCCCGCCUUCCAUUCAGCGGCUCCCGACCAUGAAGUGGUAUCCUACAGCGAGAACUGGAAUCCUACGGUGCCAGACAGCUCACAUAGCGCCGUUGACUAUGGAGAUGUGGGACCUAUUGCCCUCUAUCCACACUUCAAUGUCGCUUCGCAUGAAACUCGCGAUAGAACCUCAGGAAAUGGUAUAAAUUGGGACGGAGGUGCUGUGAGUUUGCUUAGAGAUCUGGCUUGGGAUAUGGGAUAUUGCCUUAUCCCUCGGGGAGCCUGCAUCUCCGAUGGUGGCAAUCUUGCAUCGGAGUUCCAUUUGGUGGUUUGAGCGUAAGUGUCUUUCUAUUUCCUGCAUGAUCCAGUGACGAUGAAUUAUUGCUGUAAGCCAGCCGAUUCUAUCCUGUGUUAUCAACGUUAAUGGCUUCAGUGUUUGGAUAUUCUACGCUACGUCCAAUCUAAUCUUUUGGCUUUCGUGCUUGUGUUAGUCAUCCGAUUCAUUACUUGGUUGAGGGACCUAUUGGCGUCACCUGCCUACCUAUUGGCUAGCAUUGCACUGUCCCUGAUCUCCAAAGGCGGUUGUUCUUGAGUCCUGACACGCACCAAAUAUGAUUCAAGUAGUUAACCAAUUAGACAUAUUGCCUCGUGCUUCUAUGCU